GUUGCACUUUCGAGCCUUGUUCUGCAUCUUGGCGUUACCCUAAGACUUCAGCCUCUUUUAGCCUGAAUCCAAAUCGAUUCUUAGUCGUUUUGACUCUUCUCUUUUUGGGUUUAUUUCGUUUUAGGUUUGAAUUUUCAACCGAAAGAAGCAUAUCCAGUCACGAUGGUUGACGCCGAGAAGAAGGACAAUGCCGACCACCUUGAGCACCCCGGCGAAGGUCAGGCCCAACUCGCCAAUCUGGGAAACCAAGAGGAGCACGAGCUCGGAAAGUUUGAGUCGUUAAAGAAGUACCCGAAAGCGUCUUUCUGGUGCGUCUACGCCGUAUGGUGUGUCCUAGUCCUGGCGUUUGAGAACCAGGCAGGCGGCAGCAUCUUGAGUAUCCCAGAGUUCCGAAAGGACUUUGGUCAUGAAUUUGAGGGUUCCUAUGUCUUGGAUACGAAAUGGCAAUCUGCCUUCAACGGCGCACCUAUUGCUUCAGCCGUUGUUGGUGCGUUAGGCAGCGGUCCUCUCGCAGACAUCUUUGGACGAAAGAAGGUCAUUGGCCUCGCGUUGGCAUUCUCCAUCACUGGUAUCACUCUUGAAUUCGUCGCAACCACAAACGAACUCUUCUUCGGCGGCAAGUUUAUCAACGGUUUCGCCAUCGGUGCUCUCUCGACUGUGGCCGUCACAUACAUCGGAGAGAUCACACCCCUUGCUCUCCGCGGUCUCUUCACCUGCCUUUCAGCCUUGUCAUACACACUCGGACCCUUGGUCGUUGCUGUCAUCGUCAACGAGACCGGCACCAUGAACAGUCGCUGGGCGUACCGUGCAGUCUUCUGUGCCCAAUAUGGCUUCGCGGCGAUCGCAGCCAUCUUUCUGCCGUUCAUGCCCGAGAGCCCCUGGUACUUGGCUAUGAAGGAGAAGGAUGAGCAAGCGCUCAAGAGUCUUGCCAAGCUCGGGCAUGUUGGCGACGAAGGCCGUGUUAGGCUGGCUGUCAUUCACCAGACAUUGGCGCAGGUUAGCAAGGAGACUGCAGGUGCCAGCUAUCUCGAGUGCUUCCGCAAGUCGAACUUGAGACGUACCAUCAUUAGUAUUUCGCCUCUUUGCAUCCAGUCACUGUCCGGAAUCACCUUCGCUGCCUCUUACUUUACAUACUACAUGCAGCUCGCUGGCUACAGUACAGCCGACAGCUUCAAGCUGCAAAUCGUCCAGCAAAUAUGCUCCCUUAUCGGAAACGUCAUGUCAUGGUACCUGGUCGACAAAGUGGGACGUCGCCCCUUGACUGUAUACGGACUUGCAUUCCUGACCGUGAUCCUCCUCAUCACCGGCGGUCUCGCUCUUCCCGGAACACUCUCCUUUAACAGGGGUACCGUCGCACUUCUGAUGAUGUACUGCUGGUGGUACAACGUCACGAUUGGUGCCACGGCGUACACGAUCCUCGCCGAGGUCUCAACUUCGCGACUUCGCAUCAAGACCAUCGCCCUCGGUCUCGCUCUGCAGAACGCACUUACUACUAUGUGGAACUUUGUCUUGCCUUACCUCUUCAACCCCGAUCAGCUGAACCUCGGCGCCAAGUUGGCGUUCAUUUUCGGUGGGUUGGCUGUCAUUUCGUUGGUGCACCUGUGGUACAACUUGCCCGAGACAGCUGGAAGAACGUACGAGGAGUUGGAUGAGAUGUUUAUGAAGAAGGUUCCCGCACGCAAGUUCAAGGAGUACACUACUGAGGUUACUGUACGAGGAGAAGCUGUCAAGACGGCUAUGGAGAAGGAAAACAACUUUUAAGGGGGGUGUGAAGACAUUAGUGGCCACAAGAUACCCUUGAUUUCUCGUUGAAUAACACCACGACACAAUUUCCACGUU